AUGUCUCGUGGAUUCAGUCAGUGGUUUGGAGCUGGCGUUAAUCCCUUCGCGUUGAAGGGACGGCUCAAAAAUGUUCAGCGCAAAGCCCAACAGAAACAGCAAGAGCGGAAACAGCGAAAACAACAGCAAAAGGACCAGCUUGCUCCUGAAGCGGUGCCACAAAAGGACAUAGAUGUGGUGCUCGCUGUGGUUUGCGAAGAUGAAGGAGAAGAUGCCGCCAACGAGAAGCAUGCCGAGGAUGCCCACGCGAACGAAGCAGCGUUGCAGAAGAUUGGGGUAUCUCUAGAUUUGAAUAAACCGGUUUCCUGCGAGCAUUUCUCGGAAACACCCGAAAGAAUGACAGAAAACAGUGAUGCAGGAUGUGCCUCUCAACCUGGCUCGUCUCUUUGCUUAGCUCCUUUGGAGCCCAACACAGAACCAUCGGCAGCCCCUGACGAGGACAAAGAGGUUUUCGAGGGCUUUGACGGGCAAAUAACUCCCAAGUUUGGUUCUGAUGAUCAUCGUCGCAGAGAACAUUUUCAAGAACCAGACAAACCGACCUGCGAUGCAGACGUUUCAGAGGCACUGGAAAAGAAGACGGAAGAGGAUGACCCAGGAUGUAACGCUCCUCCCGGAACCGCUCCCAGAUCACCAUCUCCAGAACCCAUCCUAGAACCUCCAAAAGAGUCUGACGACACCGAAACAAAGCCCCCCGAAGUCCCCUUAGAGGAGCAGCCUCACGAGCCCAAAAAAUCGCCCGGAGACAUCCAAACAGGAACUCCGAUGAAGGAAGCCAUACCUUGCCCGCCGAGUCCUCGUGAACGUGUCGAAUCGAGCGAUUCAGAAUCCGACAUCAAGCGAAUAUUCGCACAAAGGCGCAGAUCGAAACGCACGGCACGACAGACACGCGACACUCAAGUCAAAGUCAACGUCCGGCUGACCCUUGACGACGCGCUGUGCGCGGCUGUGCAAGGAAGAAUGGGCGAGACUAAUACAGCAAAAACUGACCCCGACCCGGAGUCUUCGAGGAGAAACGAGGUCCGUGCCAGCGGAGAAUUUACGGAGGAUAUAGAUGCUGGUGAUGGGUUACACCCAGUCGAGCAAAGGCGCUGGUUUGAAACCCCGGUGGACUUGUUUAGCCCUUUGGGGAUCGGUAGCCUUGUUGCCGUGGGAGUGGUCGCGGCUGCGUUCGGGUUUACUGCGAGGCUUGUCUAUGGCCGUUUCGAUUAA